AUGCGGAUCGCCGCUGAUUCCACCGCCGAGAAAGCCCCGGACCCUGCUCCCUACGAGCCCUCGGAGGAACCCCGCAAGGCCUCUGACCAGCCCGACCGUGGUGAGGACAAUGAGGUCGACUUCGAGGAGGAGGAGGACGCAGAGGAGGUGGACGGGCCGGCGGCGGCGGUAGCGGCGCACAGAGAGAGGGCACGGGCCGUGUUCACACGCCUCUACACUGAGCCGAUCGGCAUCCGCGUCCACGACAUCAUCAUCAAGGGUAAUCUCAAGACCCGCGCCUCGCUCAUCGAGGCCGAGGUCGCUGACCUCCUCCGCUCUGCCGGCACCGUGCAGGACCUGCUGCACGCCUCCAGACGUGCCAGCACGUUGCUGCGCGAUCUCGACGUGUUCGACUCCGUCACCAUCACCCUUAACGCCGGACCACCUGAGUUUCCUGGUACUACGAACGUCGUCAUCCAAGUGGUGGAGGCGGCCAGAUGCUUCGGUGGAGGCAUCUACUCCAAGGCAAAGGCAAGAUCAUGGUCAGUUCUAGGAUGGCUCAUGUUGAAGAACCUCUUUGGUUAUGGGGACAUUUGGGAUGCUUCAGCGGCAUACAUUGGGGAUCGGUCAUCCGACAUAGGCAUUGGAGCGUACCUGCCAAGAUUUAAAUCGAUACCAACACCUUUGAUGGCCCGGGCAUCAGUCAUUUCCACAGAUUGGCUGAAAUUUUCAUCAUACAAGGAGCGUCUUCUUGGCCUUUCGUUUGAUUUAUUUUCAAGCUGGUGCCAUAAUGUAUCUUAUAAUCUGGGAUGGCGUACCUUAACUGAUCCCUCGCAAAUGGCAUCAGAAUCCAUAAGGAGGCAGUUAGGACGUGAACUUCUUUCUGCUUUAAGUUAUACUUAUAAAAUAGAUAAAAGAGAUUCGGAACUCCGGCCAACAGAAGGAUAUGCAUUUAUCUCAACUUCUCAAGUUGGUGGUCUAUGGAAAAAGAGACUAAGAUUCUUCCGCCAGGAUUUUGAUGUUCGGGGCGCUGUUCCAUUUGGUUUUUGCAAUGCUGCCCUUAAUGUUGGCAUAGCAGCAGGGGUGAUUCUACCUUUGGGCAGAGGAUUUAUGGAGUUAUCUUCCCCUGUGCCUGAUAGAUUUUACCUUGGAGGCCAUUCUUCUCCCGUAAGCAGCCUUGGUGCGCUAUCAUCUCUGUUGGGUUUCCAAAGAAGAGGAGUUGGCCCAUCUGAACCACGGAGGUCUGCCUCAGUCGAGUCUGUUACGGACCAUGCUGCUGCCUCUUCAGGGAGGGAUUACUUAGGAGGUGAUCUUGCGGUCUCUGCAUUUGCUGAUCUUUCCUUUGAUUUGCCCGGGAAGCUUCUCAGAGAUACUGGAAUACAUGGUCAUGCAUUUCUUUCUGCUGGGAACCUUGCCAAGUUGUCUGAGAGUGAGUAUAAGAAUUUCUCAUUUCCUGAGUUUCGCCGCACAUUCAGGAGCUCUGCUGGUGUUGGCAUUGUUUGGCCAACUAAACUUUUCCGGUUGGAGAUGAAUUACUGCUAUAUCCUGAAGAAACUUGAGCAUGACUGUGGAAAGUCUGGAAUUCAGUUCAGCAUAUGUUCACCAUCGUAGAUGUUUGUAAUAAUGUGCAGCAACCUCUUCUGACUUGAAGAAUACCGCGUCCUAUUGAACUGAAAAGUUUAUGUUUGUCACUGAAUCAGCUGGUCAACAAGUAGGAGACCAGCAAUCCAUCAUCA